UAUAUCUAGGGCAAGGAGUGUUCAAUUUAUUUUUAUUAAUGGUCAUUUACUUUUUAAUUGCUUUAGAGAAAAAUAUAAAGGGAUGCGCGCAAGUAGCAAUAGUUUUUAGUGGAUUUUUUAUUAAUAAAAAUCCCCCUCCUCCCAAAAAAAUCGCCGACUUUAAACAAAAACAAGAUGAGAGCUUUAUUGUUUUUGUUGUUGUUCUUAUUGUUUGGUGGACAUAUAUACAUGUUUAUUUUUAUUUUUUAUAA